GUGGAACAACUUGAUUAAUCCAAAUCAGAUAAGCUGACUGAUCCAAAACAAUUCGAAUUUGAUUUUGUUGCUUUUUUAACUACUAAUCAUGAUUUUGUGAAAAAUUAUCCAAUCAUUGCCUCAACGACUCAAAAGCAAAUGACAUCAAAUUUCGUAGAGCUUUUCCCAUUGUCUAACAAAAUGACUGUUCUACCCUUCACACGGCAUAAAAAAUAAAACUGUCCCCAAACGAUUGUCAACUCAGUGGCGCAACUGUGAUUUUAAGUGUCUUUGGGGAUAAAAAUGUAAACUUGGUGGACAAAUCGGCCCAAUCUGAUGCUGCUAGUGGACAUCCUUGAAAAAAAGACAGUCCACAGAGGAAAGAAAAUGAAAACAAAAGGAAAAAAAAGUUUUUCCGUAUCUGCGGCGUUGACUUUUGUCACUGAACUUGUUUGAGAUCCGCAAACCAAAACCAAAAGGCAAAAGAGAAAAUUAGGAAUACAGAAACCAAACAAGGAAAAGACAGGUUUUUUUGUUUUAUGUUUUGUUCUUUAGUUUGAGGAUUUAAUGGCGGAAAGGCAAGAGCAGAAACCAUCAUCUCAGCCGUCGAAAACGGUGGCGUCUCAACGGCCCACGAUUACUCCACCACCACGGCCAUUCAUGGAGGCGCUAUUCAGCAGUGGGCCAGGUUUGAUGGGUUUUAGCCCAGGUCCCAUGACGCUUGUUUCCAACUUCUUCUCCGACACCGACGAGUUUAAGUCCUUUUCUCAGCUACUUGCUGGUGCCAUGGCCUCUCCGGCAGCUGCCCAAAGACCGAACUUUCCUCCUCCCACUACGACCGAAGAGCAGGGUGAUGCCAUCGGCACUGGUGGUGGAGGUGAAACCGGGUCGCUGUUCAAACAGAAUAAACCUGCCAGUUUGGUGAUAGGGCAACCGCCGCCGAUGUUUACGGUGCCGAGAGGGUUGAGCCCAGUGAGCUUGUUGGAGUCUCCAGUGUUUAGUGUGUUUUCUCCUGGUGCCCAGGGACCUUUUGGAAUGACGCACCAGCAGGCCCUAGCACAGGUCACCGCCCAGGCUGCUCAAGCUCAUUCACAUAUGCAAACCCAGGCCGAAUAUUCAUCAGCACCUGCUGCAUCUUUGACACAGGUUUCAUCUUUUACUGCCAGUACGAGAACAAACCAGCAGAUGCCAACCUCAUUGCAAAACUCUACUGUUACUGUGAAGGAACCAUCAAAUAUAUCUCAAUCUAAUCAGAGAUCCCAAUCUGAUUCAUUAAUUGUUGAUAAGCCUGCCAAUGAUGGCUACAACUGGAGAAAGUAUGGGCAGAAACAGGUGAAAGGCAGUGAAUUUCCUAGAAGUUAUUAUAAGUGCACGCAUCCUGGUUGUCCUGUCAAGAAGAAGGUUGAGAGAUCAUUAGAUGGCCAAGUCACUGAAAUCAUCUACAAAGGGCAGCACAACCAUCAACCUCCUCAGCCAAAAAAGCGUGCAAAAGAUAGUGGAAGCUUAAAUGGGAAUCCAAACAAUCGAGGAAAUUUUGAAUCAGCUUCCCAACUUCAGAGUGCCAACUUGAACAUAUUGAAAGAAGGGACAUCCGAUUAUGCAAUGUCUAUGAAGGACCAGGAAUCUAGCCAAGCUACAGCUGAGCAUCUUUCUGGGACCAGUAAUAGUGAGGAAGCAGGUGACAAUGAAACCGGUGUAGAUGAAAAAGAUGAAGAUGAACCUGACCCCAAAAGACAAAGUACAGAAAUUAGGGUUUCAGAGCCAGCUUAUUCUCAUAGGACUGUCACAGAACCUAGAAUUAUCGUGCAGACAAGAAGCAAAGUUGAUCUCUUGGAUGAUGGCUAUAGGUGGCGCAAGUAUGGACAGAAAGUUGUUAAAGGCAAUCCUUUUCCAAGAAGCUACUAUAAAUGUACAACCCCAGGAUGCAAUGUCCGAAAGCAUGUUGAGAGGGCUUCAACAGAUCCCAAGGCUGUUAUAACAACAUACGGGGGAAAACAUAAUCAUGACAUACCAGCUGCCAAAACUAGCACUAGUAAUCAAUCACAAGUAAGAACACAAAAUGUAGUAACAGAAAAGCAUGCUAUAAGUAACAGAGCAGAUUUUGGGAACAAUAGUCAACAGCCUGUAGCACGUUUGUGCUUAAAAGUAGAACAGAUAACAUGAUUUCCUUGACUUGAAACAAUGGAAGGGGCAGGAGCACGAGUAUAGCAUAGAAGUUUUCCAUGUAUCAGGCAAAAUCUGUUGUAUUUGCCCAAGUUUGUAUUCACACGCACAGCCAAUGUUUUAAGGGAGGCCAUCCACCCAAAUGAUAUGAUAUUCAAAAGAAAAAGGGGGACAUAAGAAAGAAGUCAACUUUGGAGCAAACUCACUUGGAUUGAAUUAGGAGGCAAUAUUGUUGUAUGUAAACUAGUUUAGUGGACCAUAUUGUAUUUUAAUUCUGUUAUUCCUUGCAUUCUUUUGUACACGGAAAUACAGCUACAAUGUUGUUUCAUAUGAUUGUUUGCUUAUAAUGUAUGAAUCUCAAGAAUUUUAGGUUAGAACUCCUCUGUGCCAAAAUUUUGGUAGGUUUUUCAGGCAGUUUUCUCGGUUGCAGCCUACUUUAUGUUGUUUUCUGAUGUUAAUACUCGUUUGAGUGCAAUAUUUUGUUUUGUACCACUUUGAUACAGUGUACAUUUAGAAGUUAUUUUUUAUUAUAAAAGAGGUCGCAUAGAAGAAA